CCAGUCAUCUGCUGUCCUCUUUGAGCCGACUCGAGUUGAAAAACAGACGCGCUCAGAAGCCAGAAGCGUUUAAAACCUCAGUUUUGGAGCAAGUGUUUAGAGAGAGCUGUGAUAGGCUGAUGCUUUAGUGAGGGCGGUGGUUGUUAAUUCUGCACCAUCUGCCUUCGCUCCGCUUUUGAAAGUCCUACAGAAAUCACUGUGAUCAGAGUACCCAGCAUAUUUCUCUACUUUUGUGGCUAUCUAUUAGCUCACAGGUUUCCCAGUUAGUAAAAUUCUAGAGAUUUUAGAGGAGCCCUCCAAUACACGUUAGGAAGUGACAGUUAUACUAAUUUUGUGUAUUUGGUAUUUUGUAAAAGGUUUAUUUAGUAGAGCGCAUCUCCACCAAUAUUACCUGCUAAAUUUGAAAGUGAGGGGCUUUAUGCCUAUCAUAAGGCUCCUCUGGCAAGUUUCAACGGUCAGAUGAUUAGUAAGUUCUCCACCAAAUCCCAGCAACCCAGCCUGUUGGUUGAGUAUUGUUGAUGUGUUAGAGCAGACCUUUACAGUGAGUCUCUCCUGUGCAUUGUAGGAUGCUUGGUGGCACCCCAACAGUCGUCGUUCCUCAGCUGCUCUGGAGAUGGUUGUUCCCUCAGGGCAAAAAUCUGCCUCUCUCACUUAGUUGGAAAAUACCGAUUUAAUUUUUAAAAUAUUUAUUUAUUGUCCUCUGUGUGCACAAAAUGUGUGUAUGUGGUGGUGGACUAGCCACCGCAUGUGUGGAAGUCAGAGGACACCCUUGUGGCUUUGGUUCUUUUAGCCUUUGUGGCAAGUACCUUUCCUCGAUGAGCCAUCUUGCUAUCCCAGAUUUACCACUGAUUUAGAGAGACGUCAAUUAAUAUAGUUCACAAAUUGCUAAUAAAAUGAGUGUCUGGUGGUUGUGAGCUGUCACUGUGUGCAUGCCAUUUGUCCUGGGAUGGAAAUGAGUGCUCUGGUCUGUGUGCAUGUGGGAGGGGGAGGGAACUGACUUGCUGUCAUCAAAACAGGACUUUGAAGCUCUAAUUUUAGAGCUCUCUGCCUGCUCUAUUGCCUGUUGGCUGUCAUUCGUGGAUGCUAUAGCACUGAUGACAGCUGUCUUAUAACUGUCAGUUGCUGGUACCAUUUAAUUUGCAGCCUCUGGUGUGUUAUGGAGCAAGAAAGCAGCGAGGUUUGUGAAAAUGUUAUGGGUGGGAUGAACAGCUCUGGAAAGAAGCCUUGGGGUUCUGUUAAAAAAUGCUUUCUUUACAUGUCGAAAAAAUGCCCUUCUGGCGAAGAGCUCGACCCCCCAGGUAGAGGGUAACUUUGCCAUGGCCCCUCGGGGGCCUGACCAAGAGGAGUGUGAGGGCCUGCUGCAGCAGUGGCGAGAAGAAGGGUGGAACCAGACCCUCUCAACUGCAAGUGAGGCUCCUCUUGCAGAUAAGGGACUAGCUGAAAGCAGUCUGGCACUCCUGAUGGAUAAUUCUGGAGAACAGGAUGCUGCCUCGGAGGACAAGUGGUCCAGCAGGCAGCUGAGUGACCUUCGGGCAGCAGAGAACCUGGACCAGCCUUUCCCUGAGGUGCUAGGGGAGGAGCCUCUGGCCGAGGUUGAGGGUCCUUUGUGGGCAGCUGUUCCGGUACAGACAGGGCCCCAGUAUGCAGACUGUGCUGUUCUCCCAAUGGGUGCAAUGGCUGCAGAACAAUGGGAAGAGGACCCUGCAAUGGUGGCCUGGAGCAUAGCGCCGGAGCCUAUGCCCCAGGAAGAGACUUCCAUGUGGCCCUUUGAAGGCCUGGAACAGCUGCCGCCUCCCCCAAUGGAAAUACCUUAUCAUGAAAUCCUGUGGCGAGAAUGGGAGGAUUUCUCCACACAGCCAGAUGCUCAGGGUCUGGAGGCAGGAGAUGGCCCUCAGUUCCAGUUCACUCUGAUGUCGUAUAAUAUCCUGGCCCAGGACCUGAUGCAGCAGAGCUCAGAGCUCUAUCUGCAUUGCCAUCCAGACAUCCUCAACUGGAAUUACCGCUUUGCCAACCUCAUGCAGGAAUUCCAGCACUGGGACCCGGAUAUCCUGUGUCUUCAGGAAGUCCAGGAAGACCAUUACUGGGAGCAGCUGGAGCCCUCUCUGCGGAUGAUGGGCUUCACCUGUUUUUACAAGAGGAGGACUGGGUGUAAAACGGAUGGCUGUGCUGUGUGCUACAAGCCCACCAGGUUCCGUCUGCUCUGUGCCAGCCCUGUGGAGUACUUCCGGCCUGGUUUGGAGCUCCUCAAUCGGGACAAUGUGGGCUUAGUGUUGCUGCUGCAGCCGCUAGUGCCAGAAGGUCUGGGGCAAGUCUCAGUGGCUCCCCUGUGUGUGGCAAAUACCCAUGUCCUGUACAACCCACGUCGGGGUGAUGUCAAGCUGGCCCAGAUGGCCAUUCUUCUGGCUGAGGUGGACAAGGUGGCCAGGUUGUCAGAUGGCAGCCACUGCCCUAUCAUCUUGUGUGGGGACCUGAAUUCUGUCCCUGAUUCACCUCUCUACAACUUCAUCAGGGAUGGAGAGCUCCAGUACAAUGGGAUGCCAGCCUGGAAGGUUUCUGGACAGGAAGACUUCUCUCAUCAGCUUUACCAGAGGAAGCUGCAGGCUCCACUGUGGCCCAGCUCCCUGGGCAUCACUGAUUGCUGUCAAUAUGUCACCUCCUGUCAUCCCAAGAGAUCAGAGAGACUAAAAUAUGGCCGAGACUUCCUACUACGAUUCCGAUUCUGCGACCUCGCUUGUCAGCGACCAGUAGGACUGGUUCUCAUGGAAGGAGUGACGGACACUAAGCCAGAUCGACCUGCUGGUUGGGCCGAGUGUAUCUUUGAGGAAGAGAUAUCUGAACUUGAGCCUGUCUUCCCCAGGACUGUAGGCGCCAUCCAGCACUGCCUUCACCUGACCUCAGUAUAUACCCACUUCCUGCCCCAGCAUGGCCGUCCAGAGGUCACCACGAUGCCCUUAGGGCUUGGGAUGACAGUGGACUACAUUUUUUUCUCAGCUGAAUCCUGUGAGAAUGAGAACAGAACUGAUCACAGGCUGGAUCGAGAUGGAACUCUCAAGCUCCUGGGCCGCCUCUCCCUCCUCUCUGAAGAGAUUCUCUGGGCUGCCAAUGGCUUGCCCAACCCCUUCUACUCCUCGGACCAUCUCUGCUUGCUUGCCAGCUUCGGCAUGGAAGUCACUGCCCCAUGAGGGCCCCCAGGGAAAGAGCUCACUGGAUCGACGACUGCAAAUGCCCCGUGCUGUGGAAACUUACGUCCCUUCCCUCGUUCCCUCCUGCCCGUGGUUAGACUUUCUCCAGGCCUGUCCAUGUUCUUGGCCUGUGGUCCCCGCCCCGCCCCAACCUCUUCCUAAUCCUGUGCCACGUGCUAGGUGGCCCCGGGAGAGGUGGAGAGCAUUCCCCUUUCUUCCAUGUACCCAGCGCCCCCUUCCCCCAUUGAUUGUUAAUGACCAGGGUUGCGGGAGUUAUUGAUCUCAUUGGUUAUUCGAUUUCAGGCCAUUUCUUGGUGGCACCCUCUGACCCAACCUUCCCCUUCCUUUCAUGACCUCUGGGCUCUGGCAUGCACAUGCAAGGUGUGUAUAAAGCAUGAGUUCUCUUGGGGUGGGACUGCCCGGCACAGCCAAGCCUACCUCUGCCUAGUCCAUGUGCUACCAUGAGGUGCUGGGCCAGGGACAGGUUGAGAGCAUGACACAGCUGUGUGCUGCAGGAGGCAGCAGGUGUGGGGCCCUUUCUCCCAGUCAGUCAUCUAGGCAUCCUGGGCACUCUCGUUAUUUCUGGAGACAAAUCGGCCCACAGCCUGGAGCAGCAGCUCAGGGAUACCCUGCACCCCAGAUCUCCUCACUGGCUUCCUUGAGGAAAGCGGGUUGAUGCCUUGUGCUGGGGUCCACUGGGCCGGCACAGUGCUGGGAGCUAGAAGGCAUCUUAAGGAUGAGGAGACUGAACCUUCAGGGAACUGUGGUCUCACCAGACUCUGAAGAACUGGGUAAGAGUUGGAGUCCCAGUAGAAAGAGCAGGAGGAUCUACAGCAGCCUUAGCCAGCACUGGAGCCCCAGAGGGCUUGAUCUCUGACCUCUGCGCACCUAAGAAAGUUUCUUCUUCUCACCCCCUACCCCACCCCCUCCUUUGUUUCCUCCCAUUUUCUCUCUGGAGAAGCCUGCUGUUUAGCUCAGGUCAAAACAUCUCAACAGAAGCCUGGCUUUGGGCAAACUAGGUCUAAGAACUCAGGGUGGCAGUGCUUGCCCAUUUGCUCUGCCUUUCCUCCCCAAACAUGGGCGCCCGUGACCUCCUGAUAACCCCUGUAGCCCAAACCAUGUCACCUGCAUGCCUUACUCACUGCUGGGGUACAGACGGGGUGUCCUCGGGCCAGAUCCUCCACAUAGCUUUAACUCAGAAUACCUGCUGGCCCAGAGACAAGAGAAUUGGCUGGGGCUGCGGUUAGGCAUGGUGGACCAGAAGUUACAUUUCCCCUGAUUUGAAAGCCAGAGACCUGGAAUGUUGCUGCUGCUGUGUGUCUGACUCUCAGCUUCCCGUGCUCAGGUCUGGGGGACUUCUUUCCCUGUGUGUGUCUAUUUUUAAGUUUUGUUUUCUGGGCACUGGACAUCAGCCUGUCUGAGCCCCAGGCCCAUCUGCCCACAGCCGCCUUUCACCAUUGCUCUGGGCACCUCCCGAGAUGGUCCCACAACCGUGCCCUGCUGGCUCUCAGAACAAGGGCCAGUGAUUGCUCCCUCUGCCGGGAGAUGCAGGUUCACCUGCUAACAGAGGUGGAGGGCCUGAGCUUGAUGGUUUAUCUUUUCCUUGUUUCUCCUUUGUUUCUGUUUUAGAAAUGAAGUAUGGGGGUUAAAUGGCAUUUAAACUGCGCCCUGGAGCCGGCAGAACCAGGCAAUGUUUUUCCAAAUAAAGGCUUAUCAUGCCCCCUA